AUGAAAACCCAACAGAGCACCCUUACUGCGCCUGCGCACAAUCCCCAGUCACUUGCGGUUUUUUCCAGAGGUCUCAGUCGCUUAGCAACACUGGAGUCACAGUGGCAGCGCUCUGGAGCCUCUUUCCUAGCAAGGAUGGAAGGUCUUAUUGACCUGCAUCUUGCUCCAUCGCCCAGGCUAUCCUUGAACUCACAGAGAUCUACCUGCCCCUGCCUGCACUGGACUAACAGACAGCAUAAAAUAGAAGAUGCUGAUAUAGCAUGUGUAACUGAAAAAAAAGAAGAAACCAAAAAUGAAAAAAAUCCUGGGAAAAGCACCCAACACUCAAAACUCUGUGUGGACAGAAGACGUGUAAAUUAUGCUAAAUUCAUAUACACAAAUGCAAGAACAUACAAUGAGCCAGUUCCCUACAUUGAUAAUAAAGGGCCAGAAAAGCAGAGAAAAUGGUGGUUCCAUGGUGAAGCACCAAAGCAUGUCUCCCAGCCAUCUUAUGAUACCAACAGUGUCCAGCGGAGUGACUUCCAGAAGCCGGCAUGCCCACUGGUUUUGCCAGUCAAACACAGCAGGAUGCAAAAGCCUUCUUGUGGAAUAGUUCCACUUACCUGUCUGGAUGUAUCAGGAGAACAUGAGAACAAUUUUGUAGAAUAUAUCUCUUUUAUACAUCAAUAUGAUUCCAGGAGAACUCCCAAUGAGCCCAUCCGGGGAAAGAGACAUGGAACCUUUGUGCAGAGAAAGAUAAAGCCAGGGACUAUGCCAAUAGUUCCUAAGGGACCGGAGGUAUUAUUGAACACUCUAGGGUCAGGUUCAUCAGAACAGCCCAAAAAAACAGACAAAGGAAAUUCAUCAGAAGACAAAAUAACCUCACCAGGCCUGUGCCAACAGAAUUCCCAAGAGUUGCUGGAUACUUAGAACAGCUUAUCAGAACCAGAAGGCAGCCCAGCCCAGCAGACCCAGAAGCCU